AAUGAAAACAUUUUUAGACAAAGUGCAAACUGUCAUAAAGACCAUAGAAAUACUACUGUCUCCGAGUUACGGACCAAAUGCCUUAUCCAAUAUUAUAUCAACGGCCUCCGGUCAUUUGCUCGUAACAAGUAGCGGAUCUACUUUAAUAGAAUCGCUAGAAAUGACUGAGCCGGUAGCAAAACUGGUUGAACAAGCUUUGAGGAACUUUCACAACGAUUUUGGAGAUGGAACGAAAAGAUUCGUUAUUCUAUUGAACGAAAUUUGCGCACGAUUAAAUGACGAGAAUAGAAGAAUCGUUUCAUCAGCUCUCUUAAAAAUCAACUGUUCUAUCUUACCGGAAGCAUUUAAGGAGAUCCAAAAGAAUCAUCAUAGUGAAAUUUACGACCUAAAAGAAGUGAUGAGAAAAGCAGUUUCCGCAAAGCUUAUGAAUCUAUUCCCAACACGAACUUGUGAAUAUUUAACAAAAAUCAUUGUAGAAUGGAUAAACGAAAACAGAACAAGCGAAAGCGAUAGCAUAAGAAAUUCUAUUGAUAACAUGCUGACAUAUUUCAAUACAAUUUGUUACGAAACUCAUAUCGGCAAUUUAGAAAAUAGUAAAGUUUUGAAUGGAAUUUUAAUUGAUAGAUUUGUGAUAAACGAGGACGUGUUCGAAGUUGGAAUGUUAAGAUGCCUAUUAAUAGAUUGCGAAAUUGAAAAAACCGAUCCGGAGACAAACUGUUCUAUUAUAAUCGAUAGCAAUUUAAGUAUGCAAAAAUUGGUGUCCUUCAAUCACAAUCAUAUCAGCUGUGCUAUCGACUUUGUUAAAAGACAUCACGUAAAACUCUUACUUUCUACCUGUAAGAUUAGCUCAACUUUUAAAAUGAUAUGUCGCAAAAAUAAGAUAUCAGCUGUUGAUUGUAUUUCCGAUUCGGAAGUAAACUUAUUAAGCGUUAUUUUUGGCGUCUAUCCGCUAAGUAGUUUACAAUCUUUAAAUGAAAAAGACAUUUUCGAAGCUGAAACGACGAUGAUUGACGUCUUUGGGAAAAAUCGUUUGUUGCUAAAGGCAAAGGAUUUAGCCACUCUCUUCUUAUGUUGUCAAACUACCGGCAUCUCGAAGCAAUACGUUUCUGCUAUAUUAGGUUGUCUAAAGACUGUAAGAUGUUUGUUUGACAAAUAUUCGAAUUCUCCCAUCUUUCUGCCAGUUGGGGGGGUUUUUGAGAGGUAUUUAUGCUAUUACCUUGGUAGAAAAUUGAAAGAAUCUUAUUCAGAAGAGUUAAACGAAGCAUUAAGAAUUCUUAGAGAAGCUAUACUGAUUGUCCCACUUACUCUAAUGAAAAAUUCCUAUAACUAUAGCAAAACUGAACAGAGAUAUACUUUCUAUCAAGAAGCUCUUUCCGUCCAAACAAAAGAUUUUAGUCUUCCUCUAGGUCGUCACAAUCAUAACGCUGACCUUGAACCUUUUACGUUGUCUUGUAAUUACGUUCAACGAACUUUGCAACUAUUGUCUAUUUUAAUGAGGAUAGAUGGAGAAAUGCGUGUGAAAAAACGAAUAAGAAACGAGCAUUCUGUAUUGUGUUGA